AUGAAUGGCCGACUUUCCAUCGAUGAUUUGCCAUUCCUAUUCAGAAGACAGGUCGUGUAAGUGGAGUUUUAAUCUUUUUUGCUUUGAUUUUUAGGAAUUAUCUUUAGAAAUAUAAUAGAAUGUGACAAGAACGUAUUUUACAAACUCACGAAUCAUUUUUUUAAAAAAAAAUGAUCGUCGUAUUUUAGGAAUUUUGAUGGAUUUUUUAGUGAGGAGCCUAUUUUACAAUACGUUUGUUAAAUUUUCAGUGACCUUGUCACCUUCAACGACCCCACCUUCCUCUUUCGUCUACGUCUAGUCAGUAAAAAAUGGAAUUAUUUGGUCCAAACCGUCCUCCAACAUCGAAGUUGGACCAUCCAAAAGCGACGACUCGACUUUGGACUUCUCAAGGAUAUGGUAAGCAAGUUUUGAGAGGUUUUGCACGGUGCCGGGGGCAUUCGAAGGCUUUUCUGAACGUUGCACUGUGCGGGAAAAAAAGAUUGGCAAAUUUUACAUUGUGCCGAUGAAUUUUAAAGUUUGUUUAACGAUUUUGGAGAUUGUCUGCCCUCGGGGUAUUUUAUUAAAUUCAAAUUUAUUGCUUUUGCACAGUGCAGUGGUCAUUCGAAAGGUUUUUUUUGUCAUUGCACUGUGCGGAGAAAAAGAUUUAUUAUUUUGGCACAGUGCAAAAAUAUUUUAAAAUUUUUUUUUGUGUUUUGCGUUUUAUUACCCUCAAGGCAUCUAUCUAAUUUUGAGAUUUUUUUGUUGCACUGCGCAAACCGUAUUUUAAAAAAAUUUUUUUCACCGCACAGUGCAAAAAAUAAAAUUUGAUUGCACCGUGCGAAAAUUCAAGUAGAAUUUUGCACUGUGCAACGAAAUUAGAAAUUAAAAUUUUUGAGAAAUUAAAUUUUAUUGUUUCAGCCGACCAUUCCAACAACCUCCAAGACCCUGAAAGGCCUGGCAACCCUGGUCCAAGAGGAUGAAGAGCGCUAUCUUCCAGAGCCAUCUUCCCCAUAUUCCUGGCUGAAUAACCCAGAUUAUACUAGCCUCAGAGAAUUUCUAGAACGACCUGAUCCGAGGGUAGAGAAGAAUGUCUUCUUUUUGCACGGGACCAGUGGAAAUGGAACAACUUUUCUUUUGAAAGCAAUCGCCAGACAGUAUUCAAAGGAUUACCAUGUUGUUUAUAUGCCUGCAACGGCAUUGUCAAUCGCCCCUGAUCGGAACAGGCUGUUGUCGGUGUUCAAGGAGGCUUUGUAAGGAUUUUGGAGGAGUUUUUGGGGGUUUUGGAAAGAAUUUUUUUUGGAUUUUUAGGAAAUUUUAAAAAUUUUUUUGCAAGAAAUUUAUGGUUUUGGAUUGAAUUUUAACUUUAAAAUAGGUCUCUUAUAGCUAGAAAAAGGCUUUAUUUGUGAUAUUUGAGAUAUUUAUGACGAAAAAUUGGGAAAAAUUAUAUUACUUUAGGUGAAAAAUUGGUGUUUUUGUCAAAAUUUUGCUGUUUUUUUUUGAAGAAAAAGGCAUUUUAAUAGCGGUAAAUUGAAGAAUCGAAAUAAGAAUUCACUUUUUUAAACAGAUUUUUAUUGGUAAAAUACGCAGUUUUUGGCCUUAUUUUAGAAGCAACACCCCUUGCAUUUUGAUCAUUGAUGACGCGGACAAGCUGAUUUUUGAAUACAAAUCGAUGAAUGGUGAGUAUUUGAGUAAUUCUUGGAGCUAGUUUUGUGAUUUUUUUACAAUUUGAACACGACAUUUUUUGUCUUUUUUCAGCGGACGAAUGGUUUUUGCAAAAAGGAAAAUUCGCGGAUUUGUUGACAUCGGUCCAGAAAAUCAAACAACUCAGGAUUAUCUUGACGUCAAACGAGCUUACGCUGUUCAGAACAGAGUUUCAUCGUAAGUUUUUUUGGGUUGAAAUUAGGAUUUUUUGGAAAAUCUUUUGAAAUUUUGGCAUUUUUUGGAUAUAAAUGAAAAUGGAGUAGAAAAUAUGGGGUUUUAAAAUACGAGUUUAUCAAAUAUAGUUAUGAAUUUUCAACAAAAAAUCAAAAAAAAAUUAAAAGUUAAUUCAAAAAGUUUUUUUUUUUGAUUUUUUAUGUGAAAUACGGCCUGAAAAAAAUUUAUAAUUUUCCAGAAUUCCUAGUCAACGUCCAACACAUCCCCUUCAAACCGCACAAAGAGCGACUUUACAUUCUUCGAAAGUUCACCGCCGACUUGGCCUUCGAAGAGGCGAUUCGAGUGGAAAGCCUGGUAAAACGGCUCAACGGGCAUGUCGUAAAGGCCCUGUAUUGUGUUUGUCGACGAGCCGCGAGCUUGGCCAUUAUGAGAGGGUCGAAGACCAUCUGGGAUGAGGAUAUUGAUCAGGCCAUCAAAUAUGUAAGUGGAACAAGGUGA